CGUCCUUACCUGAUGAAUAAACCCAAUAAUAAUGUGUUUUUACAUCACUUUAUUCCUUGCCAGAGCCACAAACCAGCCCAACAGCUACAGGGAACUGCUACAACUCUUCUUUUCACGGAUAUUUACAGUGUUUUUAGAGGAAGUGUCGCCACUACCAACGAGCAGCGGAUUGGAUGGAAAACUGCACACGGAAGUGGCGUUAGCUUGUUGUUAGCGUGUGAGACUGGUUAGCUGUCCCGCUACAAAAAACAAGGCAGCGUUUUUCUAACUCAGCUACUUCUUGGUUUUAGUCGGUAAAGAUGCAACAAACGUAUGUUUGUUGUUCCUGUGCAAAGUCUGUUAUUUUAUUUCCUCUGACAUAAUAUAAACAGGGAACUUCUAACGUUAGGUUAGCAACCUCUGCUCGCUGUGCUGUAAAGAGCUAUGGACCCCCACAGAUCCAGCAUCAGCUAUCACAGCCAUCAGUCCUCGUACAAAAGACAAAGAGACGACAGUGGCAGAAAUCCUCGUGAGAAUAAACACUUCAGAACGAACACACAGCACCAGUAUCGGUCUGAGUCGGCUCUGGGUCAAAACCCUUUGAGCUGCAGGACUUUAAGCACGAGAAGAGAGCUUUAUGAAAGAGACUUUCCUGUUUACAAACAGCCUGUGGAAGUGGGAUGUUUUUCCCUCGACUCUGAGCGUAGAUUCUUCAACGACAGCAGGCAGAUGAGGUACUACGUGGAGCCUGACAAGAAUCCAAAUUUCAACCUGAGGGAUGGAUACAGGGAUCGCUUUAUAAAAAGAGACGACAGUGUGAAGGAGAGGCUGGACCAUAUUCUCCGUUGGAUUGUAGCCAAUAAAUCAAAGAUUAACCCAACAGGGGCAGCAGCCUCACCUCGCGCUUUAGAUGUCGACUUUGUGACAUGGCGGGGCCACCUAACUAAGCUGCUGACCACUCCUUAUGAGACAAGGGAAGGCUGGUUGUUAGCAGUCACCAGGUUCAGGGGCACAUUUUACAUCAGUGAGGUGGAAACGGAAGCUGCUCGCAGGGAACGGGAGAACCGCACCGAGAGGCAUGAAGAGAUGAUGUACUGGGGAUACAAGUUUGAGCAAUACACAUGUGCAGACAAUACCCACAGUCUACCUGACCCUGGUGGAGUGGUUAACACCAACGAGGCCUUCUGCACUGUGGUGCAAACUCGGCUCGCGGAUCACAGACUGCUGUUCUCCGGCGAGGUGGACUGUCGGGAUAAAGAUCCCAAAGCUCCGGCUGCUCCUGCCUGUUAUGUGGAGCUGAAGACCUCUGCAGAGAUCUGCACCCCCAAACAGCGCAGCAACUUCCACAGGUUCAAACUGCUUAAGUGGUGGGCCCAGUCUUUUCUCCCGGGAGUCCCUAGAGUGGUGGCAGGUUUCCGAGAUCAGGAAGGUGUCGUUGUUUCCGUGGAGACCUUUCACAUUUCUAAGAUCUCCCAUCUCAUCAAGAACGAGUACAACUGCUGGAAGCCGACAGUAUGCAUGAACUUUUGCUGCGAUUUCCUGUCUUUUCUGAAGCGUGUAGUUACCGAAGACAGUCCUAGAGUGGUGCACCUGUUCUCCUGGGAUCCCUACAAAGAUGUCACCUACUCUGCCCACAGAGACUCUCAGUAUUGCUUCCUGCCACACUGGUAUGUUGAGGAGAUGACGAGAAGUGAAGACUCCCAAUAUGAGUCUAAAGCAUAAUUCUUCUGCACUGAAGUCUGAAAGCCUGGAGUUGAUUCAUUCCCUUCCAGUCAAUUAGAAGAGGAGGAAACAGGCCAAUCACAGUUGUUUUGAGGAAGGGAGGUGCACGUCAGCAUAGGUUAUUGUGACGUAAUAUUUAACCCUACGUAUGGCUCUGAUAAACUGAAUUGCAGAAGUAUAAAUUCCACCUAAGGCAUGGUCACGAAUGCAUCAUUAUCCUGUAGACCUCUAGUCGAGGACUCUUUAUCAGAAUCUGGACAUUUAACGUAGUAAGCAUUUGCAUGAGCUCACCAAUCACUACUCAUCAGUCUUCUGGGGGAAUUCUUUUAUUUUUUUAAAGCAGCGAUGAACUACAUUUUAUCUGGCAUGUAAUGUUCUAAACAAAACACAAUUAAAGAAAUCAAUAUUG